UACUCGUUCGGGCUGUUGAGGGAGGGAGGGAGGGAGAGAGAGAGAGAGUUGUUUUUAUAUCUUUAGCUCUCCUUAAUUUGUCCAUCUUAUGUGCCCCCCAAAAUCAGACCCAGUCCUACACUGAAACCCUAACAAACAAGAGGAGAGCAAUCAUCACAUCACAGCAUAAGAGAAGAGAGAGAGAAAGAUGUUGAGAAUUGCAGGGAGGAGGCUGUCGUCUCUUUCAUGGAGGUCCGCUCAGACGUCAUCGUCCUCGGCCGUCAUCGCCAGGAAUCCGAUCAACGGUUCUGAUUCCAUCUGCCCACCUCACACUUUUUCUCCCAGCUCCGCCUUCCUAGAUCAAAUCAGAGGUUUUGGUUCUGAUUCUGUGACCCCCACGCAUGAUGGGGCUAUAAUCUCAGACAUCCCAGCUACCGUGGCAGCUGUCAAGAAUCCAACCUCAAAAAUUGUGUAUGAUGAUCACAAUCACGAGCGUUAUCCACCUGGUGACCCCAGCAAACGUGCAUUUGCAUACUUUGUCUUGACUGGUGGCAGGUUUGUGUAUGCUUCCGUGAUCCGUCUCCUGGUACUUAAGUUUGUCUUGAGCAUGUCUGCCACUAAAGACGUUCUUGCCCUUGCAUCCGUUGAGGUAGACCUUUCUAGCAUCGAACCUGGGACGACUGUUACAGUCAAGUGGCGUGGUAAGCCUGUUUUCAUCAGGCGUCGAACUGAGGAUGACAUCAAGUUGGCUAACAGUGUUGAUCUUGCCUCCCUUCGAGAUCCUCAAGAGGAUUCUGUCAGAGUUAAGGACCCAGAAUGGCUUAUUGUCGUUGGGGUCUGUACCCACCUGGGAUGCAUCCCCUUGCCAAACGCUGGUGACUUUGGUGGUUGGUUUUGCCCUUGCCAUGGCUCACACUACGACAUUUCUGGUAGGAUCCGCAAGGGACCAGCACCCUACAAUCUGGAGGUACCUACUUACAGCUUCUUGGAGGAGAACAAGCUGAUGAUUGGGUGAGAAUUUAGGGUGGAGUUUUAUGCAAGGGCAGGGCCAGUGCUGCAAUUGCAGCAACUGAUAAUUUGAUAUUUGAUAUUUUCCUCCAAACCUGUGAAAGUGUACUCAUCUGCAAAUUUAAGUUUCUCUCUUUCUAGCCUUUAGAGUAAUGCUUCAUAUGACUUUGGAUUUUGUAUCUAUGUGCCAGUUCUUAGACGGCUAUAAAGUCCUGAAUAAGCCGACUGGCUUCUUGUUUAACAUUUUUAUUUUUGUUUUGCAUGGUGUUUGGAAUAUAUACUUUGCUCAAUAAUUAAAUUGAGAUGCUAUUUUCGUCUGUUGGAUUGUAA